ACAGCUCACCACAUCGCCGAAAAUCGCAAUAUCACUAUCGAAAUGUACGAGAAACUUUUGGAAAACGAGUUGAUGCCGCUAAUCAACAAGAGUCUGAACGCUCAUCCUCGCCAAGAAAUUAUUUGGCUGCAGCAAAGUCCCACGAUCCAAACUUUUCGUUCGGGAAGUGUUUAUCCCGAAUUAAUUGCCAAGUACAACCAGAAAAUUCGUCGCAUUUUCAAGAAUACGAGAGUGGUUAUGUGGGACGCCAUUAACGCCGUCGUAGAAGAGUAUGUCCGAUCCUGCGCCCUGGCCAAAUUGGAACGUCGAGACAAGGAGUGGUACUCUAAAUGCAACGACUUUAUCCAUCCGGGAUUCAGGGCUCUGUCUAUUGGCACUCAGCUCAUUAUCAAUCAUCUCUGUGAAAAAUCUAGUUGAACGACACUUAACUUCUUAUUUUCCACCAAUCCGUUUUGUAAAUGUAUGUGUAUUAGCGCGUUCAAUAAAGUUGUCGAUUUAAUUUCUAUCGAUAAUCGAUAUC